GUAAGGUCUGAAGGGAACGAGAGGGAGAGCUGAAGCGAUGGCGUGGUGUUGAUUAUUGCCAUACUCGCUGCUGAACGUGCUCUGAAUCCUCCGCAGACAUCGCAUUGCAUAAUAAAAGUGAAUAGUAUAGCAUGAUGCUACUGCUCACCAUGACCAGUCCAAUAGCCGCGACCCCACCCGGUGAAACGACUUUGCCUCAUGCUUCAUCUGCUCUGUUUUACCUGCAAAACCCUAGCGCGCUCCUCUACCUGCAUAGGAUAAAAAAGAAAAGAAAAGAAUAUAAAGUGUAAUUGCUUUCGGCGGGAAUUGGAUUGCUUUUGCCCUUAAUUUCAUUUAAGACCUCCAUUUAUCUGACAGUCGCCCAGUAACGGCAGCGUCAAAAUCAUAAUAACCCCAGACAUGCAUUGGAGAAAUCUGGAUUUUACUAUUUUUAAGUUAUUAUGUACACGGGCUAACUAAUAUUAUAUAUAAUUUAUGUAAAUAAAGAACAAAAUUUUGCAUGGCUUCGAAGCAAUCGUGAGCGAUAAUCAAUCGGGGGGCGUGUGUUGGCAUGACAGGUUGUUUGUUGUUGUUGUUCAUGGCCACUGAAGAAUCCCUCACAAGUGCCAUGGAGAACAUGGGUGUUGCCUCUGAAGUUGCACAGGCAAAGUAUUCGAGAAGGGUGCUGAUUAAAUCCAUAAUAAAACGUCCGGAUGGGGAGCAGGGCCUGUCUGGACAAAGUGUUGUGGUAGGUGGAUGGGUCAGGACAUCCAGAGCGCACGGAGGUAUUACUUUUAUCCAAGUGAAUGAUGGGUUUUGCUUUGCUAAUCUUCAGGUGUUGGUAAAUGGGGAGAUUUUUCCUUUGGGUCAGCUUACACCAACAGGGACCUGUGUAAUGUUGGAAGGUGAGCUGACGCAGCCGCCUGACGGGAAAGAGCAGAAGGUGGAAUUAAAACUUACAAAGGUUCUGGGAGUGGGUACUGUGGAUCCCAGAAAGUACCCAAUUGCCAAGACCUACUUGCCCUUGGAGCAUCUGAGGAGUUAUGUGCACCUCAGGGCUAGAACAAACACGAUUUCAGCUGCCGCAUGAAUUCGCAAUACCUUGGCAUAUGUAACACACUUUUUUCCAGAAUGAUUAAUAUCCAUAACUGAAUAUAAUGUAUUCCUUAGAUCUAAAAAACCACAAAUCAUGCGAUGCUACAUCAACUCACCAAAAGAGGACUUAUUGCACGACUAUUGGUCUAACCUUUUUUUUGGACACCUCAACAAAAAGUAUGCUGAUGUGGCCCUGAAACCUUAGUUAUAAGUAGAGGACUUGCUAAGUAAGCUGUUGUAAAAAAAUGGGAUUGAUUUGGAAUUUCCACAUAAGAGGCACAAAGUUAGGGUGUUCAACUAUUGGAUCCUUUCCCUUUUGAACAAACAUUGGUUGAAUAAUUCGAUAAUUAAGAAUUAAAUACAUAUUUGUAAAAAAAAAAGCCUAAAACAAGUUAAUAGAGUUUCAUGGUAAGCUGCAAACUACGAGUUGCAUGCAUCUUUCAGAUAAAGCAAGAUGGAUCUUUUAGUUGAAGCUGUGUAUCUUUAUGUUGAUGAAAUACAUGGCCACACUCAAGUUGGACAACAUUUGAAGUGAACCCAAUGAAAUGCCACUAGAGCUUAAUAAGACGAUAAAAGAAAUUGGAGCUUAACGAGACGACACCCCCAAAUUUCUCUAUGCUCAAUCAAUUGGUGUUGGGAGUCUCAAGUAAAACUUAGUCAUUGGAGUGUUAGGAAGUCCCAAGCAUCCUGAUAGAACACAAAUGAUUUGUAGUAACAGGUUAGAUGGAAGUGAAUCUUCCACAUAUACAUAUGGUCUUGCAAAAUAUUUUUACAUUACUCAAUGAUGUCAUC